AUGGUUAAUGAUAAGGAAGAAGAGGUUUGGGUUUGCAAAUUUGUGAAAGAGAAUGAUAAAAAAUGUAAACAAAAAUACAAGAAUAUCAGAAGUUCAAUAGGGAAUCUUAUUAUACACCUUAGAGUUGGCCAUAGAAUUGUUUUGAAAAGUGGAAAAGAAGAUUUAAAUAAGGCAUAUUCCAAAAUUACUGAAUUUGUACAGAAGCCACUUUCUACAGUUACUAAUGAAGCAUACAAAGAAAAAAUAGCUAAAUUCGAUCCUGCUUUUAUUAUAGCAGAAGAAAAGAAAAUUAGAACCAUGAUUUUUAAAAGUUAUAAAUAUAAUCAGGAAAAUCUAAAAAAUCUUCUUAUUCAAACAGCAGAAAAUGUUUCUCUUACAAUAGAUUUUUGGUCCAGUAGAGGCAAGCACGGAUAUCUCAGAAUUACUGCUGCUUUGAUUAUGUCAAACUUUAAAAUUAAAGAUGUAAUUUUAGAAAAUAAAUACAUACCUUCACCACAUAGUAGUAAAGUUAUUGCUAAUGAACUUUACAAGUGUAUUAAAGCUUGGAAUCUUGGGCAUUACAUAGUAUCAAUCAUCACUGACAAUGGAUCUAAUAUAGUCACAACUUUUUCUUUACUAAAUCAAAAAAAUGGAUGUAACAAGAUUAAAUGUCUUUCAUGCACAGCUUAUACUCUUCAAUUAGCAAUCAGAAAAGGACUUGCACCAGCUGAAAUCCUAGUAGAUGCUAUUAUUCAGCUUCAAACUGAUUUAUAUACAUCAAUUGAUCGAGAGACAAAAAAGAUGGUAGCAACACGAGAGUUCUCAGGAAAUACAUAUGUGACAUUAAGCAAGGUUAUUCCUACUAUUAAAGAAAUGAUUUAUGAUUUAGCAAAUGAAGCAAUAUCGAAUAAUGAUCUUUUUUCAGAUGAGAAUACUGUAUUUGAAUUGAAGGCAGAAGAAAUACAACCUAUAGAUUUAGAUAAUGAUGAAAUCAUUAGCAAUAUUACUAAAAAAAGAAUCUUAAUUAAAAAUCCACUAGACACGACAGACCCUCGUUACAAAAGUUUGGAUUUUCUAGGUAAUGAUUCUGAUAAACAACUUGUCAUUCAAAAACUUUGUAAUGAAUUUAAUAAUUUAGAAGAGCCAGUAUCUAAUAUCCCAACUAAUCCAGCUCCAUCUAAUGCAGAAUCUUCAAUAUGUUUACAUAAAAAAACAGAAGAUCCUUUACACUCAUGGAAAAUACAUUCACAAAAUUUCCUAAGACUUGCCAAAAUUGCCCGAAAGUAUCUUGCAAUACCGGCAAUGUCGGUAUCAAGUGAAAGGUUAUUCUCAGAUGCCA